AUGGCGGGAUUUGCUACAGCCGUUGCAUCGAAUCUUGUGUCGAAACUAGGUGAGUACUUAUUUGCUCCCAUUGGACGCCAAUUUGGAUAUGUGUUGUGCUACAAGAGCUCCGUCCAAGAUCUCAAAUAUGAAGUCGAGAAGCUAGAGAAUGUGAGGAAAAGGGUGCAAAGCUCCGUCGAUGAAGCUGUGUAUGACGGAAAAUCUAUACACACUGAUAUUAAGAAAUGGUUGGAUAGCGUGGAGAAUAAGGCUAAGGAAGCACAAAACUUGUUAAAACAAGGUGAAAGUGCAAAAAAUGAUUGCUUCCGUGGAUGGCUUCCCAACCCCAUGGUGCGCCAUCCAAUUGGCAGGAAGGUGAAGAAGAUGACUAAAGUCAUUCAGGGACUACAUAAGACAAGCACAGAUAGCACCUUCCAGAAGGUCUCCCAUGAGAAUACCCCGACAGGAAUUGUCGCUGCUACCACUUCCGUUGCUAGAUCCAUCUACAAUAAUGAAGAUAUCCUGGAGUCGAGGGCUUCAAUCGCAAAGGAUGUAAUUAAGGCUAUAGCUAAUGACAAUAUAAGUGCGGUUGGGCUAUAUGGACCAGGUGGGGUUGGCAAGUCCAAGCUUUUGGAGAACAUCGAAAGGCGAGUAAAGGAAGAAAAGCUAUUCGAUGUGGUUGCCAUGGCAAAUGUAUCACGCAAUCCCGAUCUAAAAAAAAUACAGGGAGAAAUCGCUUAUGCCCUAGGCCUAAAGCUAACGAAUGAUGAACCUACUCGUGGAAGAGCAGACCGCUUGUGUAAAAGGUUAGAGAGUGAUUCUAAGAAAAACAUUCUCAUAAUUUUAGAUAAUUUAUGGGAGAGGUUAGAUUUGAAGGAAGUUGGAAUCCCUUGCGGAGAAGAUAACAGAGUAAGAGGUUGCAAACUAUUACUAACAUCCAGAUAUCGGCAAGUUUUGCUCAUUGACAUGUGCUCUGACCAAGAAUUCCGACUCAAAGAGUUAGAGUAUGGAGAAGCACGAAGACUUUUUGAAAGGAAAGUGGGGCACAGAGUUAACGAUCCGGAGAUUAAACCCUUGGUAGAUGGAGUGAUCAAGAAUAGUGGAGGCUUGCCACUUUUGAUUGUUCCAUUGGCAAAGAGGUUGAAGCACGGAGAUUUGGCUGAAUGGAGGAAGUCUUUGACCCAUAUAGAAGGGUUGGAUGUAAAAUCAAUUGUGGAACUAAAUUACAAUGACUUAAAAGAAGAGAGGAUCAUAUCAUUGUUCUUGGUUUGUGCUCUAGACUCUGGGAGAAGUUUCUUGAGGGAUACCCUUGUCUAUUGCAUGGGUUUGGAUUUAUUUAGGAAUUUCAGCACGACCAUUGAAAAUGCUAGAGAUAUGUUGAUUGUUGAUUUACGUAGCCUACAGGACUCUUCUUUGUUACUAGAUAGUGAUGAUAUGGAAGUGUUCAGAAUGCAUGACAAAUUUGUAGACGUGGCCAUCACUAUUUCUUCAACGGAUUGGUAUGCCUUGGUUGGGAAGAAGGAUUAUGGGUUUAAAAAAUGGUCAAAGGAUGAGCUCAGAAAAUGCACCGCAAUAUCCUUCAAUUUUGUUGGCAUUGAUGAGAUUCCGGAAAAUUUGGACUGCCCAAGCUUGAGGAUUCUUCUCUUAUGCGAACACAACCCAUCUCUCAAGAUUCCCAAUUCAUUUUUCGAAUCUAUGGAGAAGCUCCAAGUCUUGGACAUUACUGGCUUAUAUUUGACCUCUCUACCUUCGUCAAUUGAGUUCCUUGAAAACCUCAAGUCGCUAUGUCUUGAUGGCUGCCAUCUGCAGGAUGUGACUGCUCUUGGAAAGCUGAAAGGAUUGCAGUUCCUAAGUUUCUUAGAGUCUACAAUCACUCAGUUGCCCAAGGAAAUAGGUGGACUAAUAGGAUUGAGAUUUUUGGACUUGACAAGUUGCUCGAGCUCAAAGUUAUCGAACCUGGCGUGCUUGAAAGCUUGGUUAAUUUAG